CUCCUCCCUGUGAAGCCAGGUGCAUUCUGGGCUUUCACCCGACUCCACUGAUCAGUCAACACUCAGAUGCAGAGGGGGGGCAACAUGCCUUCGGCCUUCAGGAAAGCGCAGGUUCUCUACGCAAUGAUGAUGCUCAACGUCUUUGUCUGCAUCCUAAUGAUUGUGUUGUGGAACCGGGGGAACGACAAGAGUGGCCCUCGAGUGGCUCUAAUCCCGACCGAGAGGUUUUGGCAACAACAGGUAGAGAAAGGAUCAUUCUGGAACAAGGAGCAGCGGCGCCUGGACCUCAUCUACAACCUCACCGAGCUGCCGCAUAGGUCGGAUGACACCAGACCGCUCGACCCCUGUGACUUGGACUACAGAGUCCCCACUAACAUCUCGGACUACAACUCCCUGCCGCAGAGAUUCCAGGAUUUUCUUCUGCACAUGCGCUGCAGGAAGUACCCCAUGCUGAUUAACCAGCCCCACAUCUGUGAUGAAAACCCCUUCCUGCUGCUUGUGGUCAAGUCGCUGACGCCACAUUUCGACCGCCGGCAGGCUAUCCGUGAAACAUGGGGACGAGCGGGCGUCUUAGCCAAUCGUACAGUGGCGACUGUGUUUCUGCUCGGCAACACCAUGUCCAUAGAUCACAACCCAGACCUGCUGCCGAUGCUGGACUACGAGGCAGAACUUCACAAAGACCUCCUCCAGUGGGACUACAGGGACACCUUCUUCAACCUCACCCUGAAGGAGAUACUCUUCCUGGAGUGGUUCAGCCAAAACUGUCCCCACGCACAGUACAUCCUCAAGGGGGACGAUGACGUCUUGGUCAACACUGUGCGAAUCAUCGGCCUCCUGGAAGGCCUGCCGGAGAACAAGUCGAGGGAUUUGUUCAUAGGGAAUGUCAUCAGUAACGCCGGCCCACACAGAGACAGGAAACUGAAGUACUUUAUCCCCGAGAGUGUGUUUGUGGGGCAGUACCCGCCUUACGCUGGGGGUGGAGGGUAUGUGUACUCUGGGGAUUUAGCGCUUCGCCUUCACAGCGUAUCCCAACAGGUCGUCUUGUAUCCCAUCGAUGACGUCUACACAGGAAUGUGUCUGAGGAAACUGGGUCUGGCUCCUGAGAAAAACUCUGGCUUCAAGACUUUUGACAUCGAGGAGAAGUACAGGAACAACCCCUGCGUCUACAGGAGCUUGAUGCUGGUUCACAGCCGGACGCCACAGGAGAUUGUAAAGAUCUGGUCCUGGAUUGUCCGUCCUGAGCUGGAGUGCCAGUGAACACCUUCAAUGACCGUCUGCACUGUGGAGUUUUGUGAAGAUCACAUUUUAAAAAUGCACCUUCAUAAGUGAUUUUGAUCCUGAGAACCAAAUAAAACCUGUUUUAGAGAUUUGUAUCAUUUAUUAGCUUUUAUUUUCAAGUGGACUUCAAGAUGGGCCCCUUUACACAGGCCCCUGGAGAUGGGCCCCUGAAGACGGGCCCCUUUACACAGGCCCCUGUAUACAGGCCCCUGGAGACGGGCCCCUGAAGA